AUGGAUCUCCUCCACUCUCUUACUAAUAAAGCCUUUUCAUUUCUCUUAUUCUCUUCCCUCCUUUUCCUCUCUUCUCCUGUCUUUGCCACUGAAGACAACAGUAAUGCCUUUUCAACCAAAGAGCAAUGCAUUGAAGACCACUUCUCUGCUUUGCUCCACUUGAAACAGAGCUUUACUUUCUCUGCUGUGUACACCAUGACUACACUGUCCUCUUGGAAUCCUGGUAACAGGGAUUGCUGCUCCUGGGAAGGCAUCACGUGCGAUGGUGCCACUGGUCACGUGACCAGUCUCGACCUCAGCGAUCUCUGUAUCUUUGGUCGGAUUGAUUUUGUAAGCCUCUUUCGUCUUCAGAGCUUGCAGAGGCUCAACCUCGCUUACAAUGACUUUGAUCCCUCUCAAUUUCCUUCUGGGUUUGAACAUCUCACCAGUUUGACCCAUCUCAACCUCUCUUCUUUGCAAUUUUAUGGCCAAAUCCCGCUGGAAAUCUCCCGCUUGACCACUUUGGUGUCCCUCGAUCUAUCUUACAAUGAAUGUUACGAUGGUUUGUACUCUCUUAAAUUCGAAAACCCGAACAUUGGAGCAUUCGUCCAAAACCUAUCGAGUCUGAGAGAACUCCAUCUCGAUUCGGUAAUCAUCUCAGCGCAGGGUAGCGAGUGGGGCAUGGCCUUAUCCUCGACACUCCCUUUUCUCCACAAGUUGAGCUUGAGAGGCUGUGGUCUUUCAGGCCCCAUCCAUCCUUCCCUUUCCAAGCUCCGUUUCCUAUCUGAACUCGACCUCAGUCGAAACGAUCUGUCUUCAGCCAUACCCAAGAGUAUUUUCAGGCUGCCAAACCUACAAACCCUGGAUGUAGGAUACAAUCCACUUCUGACGGGUGAAAUCCCUCCAAACAAUACUCUCCGGGAGUUGUUCCUAUCCAACACUGGAUUUUGUAGCAACCUACGGGAUUCAUUCAGUAAUUCCAAACUGCUGACAAAGAUCCAGCUUAGAGAUUGCAAUCUAAAGGGCCAAUUUCCAUCAUGGCUUGUGAAGCUCGAGAAACUCAUGCAUUUGGAUCUUUCAAACAAUGGCUUCAGUGGACCAUUGCCAUCAUGGCUUAUGAAGCUCGAGAAACUCAUGCAUUUGGAUCUUUCAUACAAUGGCUUCAGUGGACCAUUGCCAUCAUGGCUUGUGACGCUCGAGAAACUCAUGCAUUUGGAUCUUUCAUACAAUGGUUUCAGCGGACCAUUGCCAUCAUGGCUUGUGAAGCUCGAGAAACUCAUGCAUUUGGAUCUUUCAAACAAUGGUUUCAGUGGACCAUUGCCAUCAUGUCUUGUGAAGCUCGAGAAACUCAUGCAUUUGGAUCUUUCAAACAAUAGUUUCAGCGGACCAUUGCCAUCCUCUCUUGCCAACCUCAGCAACCUCGCUCAUUUGGAUCUUUCAUUCAAUGGUUUCAGCGGACCACUGCCAUCAUGGCUUGUGAAGCUGGACAAACUCGUGGUUUUGUAUCUUUUAUGCAAUAAUUUCAGCGGUCCAAUCCCUUCUUCCUAUGGCAACAAGUUUCAAAAUCUUCAAUCGUUCAUGCUUGUCCAAAAUUCACUAAGUGGGACUAUUCCAUCAUCAUUGUUUUCACUCCCAUCACUACAAAUGUUGGAUCUCUCAUAUAAUCAAUUUAGUGGUCAACUUGACCAGUUCCAAUACAAAUCCUCUUCAGUGCUACAUAGUAUUGAUUUGUCCGAGAAUUCACUCAGUGGGACCAUUCCAUCAUCAUUGUUUUCACUCCCAUCAUUACAAACACUGCAUCUCCAAGAUAACCAAUUUAGUGGUCUUGGACAAUUCCGAUACACAUCCUCUUCAGUGCUACAGAGCAUUGAUUUGUCCAACAAUUCACUCCGUGGGACCAUUCCAUCAUCAUUGUUUUCACUCCCAUCAUUACAAAUGCUGUAUCUCCAAGAUAACCAAUUUAGUGGUCAGCUUGGCGAGUUCCAGAACACAUCCUCUUCACAAUUAGGGACGAUUUACUUGAGUAACAACAGCUUGCAAGGGCCUAUUCCAAGAUCCAUCUUUGCACUCAUUGAGCUUUCUGACCUCACGCUUUCAUCAAACAAUUUCAGCGGUGAUGUGGACCUUGGCUUAUUCCAAAACCGUAAGUACGUCUGGAACCUUGAUCUUUCAGAUAACCACCUCCUCUCAGUCGGCAAUAGCAGAAGCAAUGCAACCUCCGGAUCCUUCCCCAAAAUUCGACAAUUGAUAUUAAGAUCUUGCAACAUCAGCAAAUUUCCAGAUAUCUUGAGAAGCCAAGAGGAGAUGGAAUAUUUGGACCUUUCCAAUAACAAAAUCAAUGGUGAAAUACCCAAUUGGAUAUGGAAGGUUGGAAAUGGGGAUUUGAAUUAUUUGAAUCUUUCUCAUAAUGCUUUGGAGGGAUUAGUGCCACCAAUUCACAAUCUUUCCAUAAGCAAGUUGCAAUUCCUUGACCUAAGCUUUAAUAAGCUAGAGGGCUCAAUCCCAAUCCCUCCGCUUUCCAUCAGAUUCUAUUCACUUUCUAGCAAUAAUUUUAGUGGAGAAGUUCCGCUGCUAUUUUGCAAUGCUCGAAUAGAAGUCCUCAUUCUGUCUGACAACCGCUUCAAUGGUUCAAUUCCACCAUGUCUAGGCGAAAACAACAUUGGCCUCACUGUUUUGAAUCUUGGAGGAAAUGCAUUUCAAGGCAUCUUGCCUAAAACAUUCAAAGAGCAAUGUACUCUAGAGACACUUGAUCUUAGUCGAAAUCAGUUAGAAGGGCAUGUGCCAAGGUCUUUGGCCAAUUGCAAGAAACUGGAGGUGUUAAACCUUGGAAGCAAUCAAAUAAAUGACACAUUUCCUAUUCCAUUAGAAAAUUGGUCCCAAUUGCGUGUUCUCAUCUUAAGAUCCAACAAACUUGAUGGCACUGUUGGACAAUUCCUAACAACUCGCAACUCCCCACUAUUGCAAAUCAUUGACCUCUCUUCUAACAGCUUUACAGGUAGCUUGCCAUCAAAUAUGUUUAAGAGCUGGAAGGCAAUGAUGGAGGAGGGCAAAUCCCAAUCUCGGUUCCUUAGCAAAGGUUUUGGAGAUGGAUACUAUCAAGAUAAAGUGACCGUAGUGAGCAAAGGGCAAGAAAUGGAGCUAGUAAAGAUCCUUACUGCCUUUACCAUAGUGGAUUUCUCAAAUAACCAAUUUUAUGGGGAUAUCCCAAAAUCAAUUGGGGAUCUAAAGUCGCUGCAUGGGCUAAAUAUGUCCUUCAAUCAUCUCACAGGCCGAAUUCCAGCAUCAAUUGGGAAUAUAAAAGAUCUUGAGUCAUUAGAUCUCUCACGAAAUAAAUUGUCAGGUGAAAUUCCUCCAGAACUUACAAAAUUAACAUUCCUUGAGGUGUUGAAUCUUUCACAAAACCACCUUGUGGGUAGCAUACCGCAAAGCAAUCAGUUUUUUUCAUUCACAAAUGAAUCCUUUCAAGGAAACUUAGGAUUAUGUGGCCCUCCAAUAUCAAAGAAAUGUGGAAAUACCAAGGUUACACUACCAUCAACACAAUCGAAAAGCAAAUACGAUUGGAAAUCCAUGUGCAUUGGGUUUGGAGUUGGAUACGGCGUGGGAAUGGGAAUUCUUUUCUGGACUCUAGCACUUUGGACAAAGGGAAAGAGAGAAUACAUUAUGUUUAUUGAUAAAAUGCUUUUGUUAAUAUUUCCAUGUAAGGCAUUUAGUCUAAUGCAUCGAUACUAA